UAUAAAAGAAUUUAGAAUAACAUUCCUAAAAAAAAUAUAAACAUAUAAAUAGCAAUUUAAUUUUGUCAUAAAAUUCGAAAUUUUAAAGUAUAAGAAGUGGAUAUGAAUCUUACUUUGUUAAAUAAAUCGAAGAAUCAACAUGACGAUGAACCAAAUUCGAAGACUGCUGAUAAGAGUUCUCUAACACCCUUCUUAAUGUGGACAGUUAUGGUAAUUGUAAUGAGCUCAUACCAAUACGGUUACGCGAUAGGAGUGGUCAACCCUCCAGAAAAGAUACUAAGAUCUUGGUACAAUGAAACCCACUAUGAAAAGACGGGCAAACCACUUACAAAAGUAAAUAUUGUUCUGUUAUGGGGAUUCACGGUGGGAAUAUUUUGCAUCGGUGGAAUGUUUGGAGGUUUGAUUGGAGGGACUCUGACACAGAGAUAUGGAAGGAGAGGAUGCUUAUUGUUAAAUAAUUUACUGGCAAUCUCUGGAGCAGUGUUAAUGGGUUCGGCAAAACCUGCUAAAUCAUAUUACAUGAUCAUUUUGGGACGAUUACUUAUAGGAUUCAAUGCAGGAGUAUCUUCAGUAGCAGUCCCCAUAUAUCUAGCCGAUGUUUCACCGGUCAACUUAAGAGGAGCUAUAGGAAGUGUCAAUCAAUUAGGAAUAGUUGUGUCUUUGCUUGUAGCACAAUUUUUGGGGCUCCCUCAAUUUCUGGGAAAUGACAAAGGAUGGCCUAUAAUGUUUUCUUUAAGCAUUGCACCAGCCUUAUUACAAACUGGCUUAUUGUUUUUGGUACCAGAAAGCCCGCCCUAUUUACUUGCUAAACGAGACCUCAAAGAUGCCAGAUCAGCAUUAUACAAAUUGAGGCCGCAAAAUGGCGCGCAAGUGGAAAAGGAAUUGGAAUUGAUGAAACAAGAAUCAGAGAAUGAAAAGAAAAUAGUGAACACAUCUUGGAAGGACAUGAUAAUGUUUCCUGUUUACAGAAGAGCCCUGGCUGUAGCUAUUAGAUGCCAUAUGGCUCAACAACUGUCCGGAAUAAACGCUGUCAUGUUUUUUUCGACAAGUAUAUUCAUGAAAGCAGGCUUGAGUGCUAGCAAUGCUGUAUACGCGACAUGCGGUAUAGGUACCCUCAAUUUAGCAGCAACUAUAUUUUCAAUGAUCAUCAUAGAGAAAGCUGGAAGGAGAAUCCUAUUUCUCAUAGGAUUGGGUGGCAUGUGGAUCUGUACUAUUCUACUUACAGUGUUCCUCCUACUAGGGCAAACAUAUCCAUGGUGUGCUUACAUAUCUAUCCUUUUGGUAAUGGCGUUCGUGACAUUUUGUGCUAUUGGACCAAAUGCUAUAGCAUGGUUCAUAUCAGUCGAACUUUUCCCUCCUGGUCCAAGACCUAAAGCUAUGAGUUUAUCCGUAAUUUUUAAUUGGUUUUCUACUUUUCUUGUGGGAUCAUUGUUUCCAUUAUUAUUUGUAGGAUUAGGCGAUUACGUGUUUUUGAUAUUCACGGCGCUACUGGCUAUAUUUUGGUUGUUCACUUAUCUCUAUCUACCCGAGACAAAAAAUAAAAUGGCGGACGAAAUGAUCCAAUACUUUAUGACUGAUGAAGAAAAAAAAUCAGCUUUCGUAAUGAAUAAGGUUUUUGGUAAAACCCCGGAAGAGGUGAAAUUGGAUAACGAGGAAAGAAGAAACUUGUCCAAAAAAGAUGACAUGAAAAAUAAAACCAAGAUACUUGUCGAUGGCUCUAAUGAUUUCAAAGAUUCCCCUGAUAAUAUUUAAAUAAUUCAUAUUUAUACCUAAAUAUUUGUGUGUAAUAAUUACCUUCAUGUGAUUAUCAUAUCGAUGAUUUCAUUUUACUAGGUAUCAUUUUAAUAAUUUGUUUCUUUAAAUAUUAUAUUGCCAAAUAAAUUUAUUUAU